AUGAAGACAAGACAGAAACGACAAGUAUGCAUCUUACUACCAAACAAGCAGCACCUGGACUGCACUGUUGGAGUGAGCUCCAGAGGCCACGAGGUGUUAAAAUGUGUGUUGAAGCAGCUCACCGUCAGUGAUCUCCAGGUCUUUGGUCUGGCUGUUCUCAGAGAUAAUGAAUACCUUUUUCUUGAUUUGGAGAAAAGGCUGAGCAAGUACUUUGGGAAAACAUGGAGCAGGGGAUCUUUAAUGGUACAAUUCAUCUUGUUUUUGAGGGUUCAGCAUUACGUAGAGAAUGGGCUGCUGUUGUUCAGCAGCAAAGUGCAGCAGCUCUAUUACGCUGAGUUGAGGCAGAAAGUUCUGCGGUCACAGAGUCGACAUCAGGAGGCGCUGUUCUUCCAGCUGGCGGCUUCUGCACUUCAAGCUGAGGUUGGAGAUCUGGAGCAGAGAGAGUCCAAUGAUGAGGAGAAGAAUAGACAGGAGAGAAAGCAUUGCUUUCUACCAGAGGAUUACUUCCCCUCCUGGCUGAUUAAACGUCGUGGACGAGACUUCCUGCUCCAGCACACCCCUGUGUUACACACUGAGCUGAGAGGUUUGUCCCAUCGUCAAGCCGUCCUGCAGUUUAUAAAAGAGACAAACAGCCUGCAGGACGGAGCUUCCACCUUCUACAGGAUGAGAGAGGUCAGUCACAUGAGGACGUAAAGUUUCAAUGCAUCAAUGUGUCUAGCAAUCUCAGAAAGCAUUGGGAAAAAUGAGCAAAGGAGUUCAAUCCUUCUUGGAGUUUUAUUGAGAGGAGUCCAAAUUUAUCAGGAGAUUGAGGGGAAGCUGUGUCUGCUGUAUGAUUUCUCCUGGACUGAUAUUGAUCGUCUCACUUUCCAGGGCAACAGGUUUGAAAUCUCUGCAGUGGGCUCACUGUGUCUCCCAAAGCUGCUCUAUUACUCUCCGUCUCCGUUUCACUCCAAACACAUCCUGAAGCACCUCAGCGACAGUCACCGCUUCCACAUCAGCACCAGAGCUGCACUUAGCUACAUCCAACAGCUGGAAGAAAUGCAGGGUCAGCAAUCCUACGUUAAAGCCAUUCUUAAUUAG